AUGUUCUGCUUUAUUGAGGUUUCUGAAUCAUUGAGUAUCUAUCUAUCUAUCUAUCUAUCUAUCUAUCUAUCUAUCUAUCUCAAUCAAGGACCACAAAGACAAGAGCUGCCACAAAGGAGUGAGAAGUACUUAGAGCAACAAAAGACAGAAAAAGAUAUUGCGCAUCUAUCUAUCUAUCUAUCUAUCUAUCUAUCUAUCUAUCUCUUAAUCGCACACUUUCUCUCUCCCCAUAUCUAUCUAUCUAUCUAUCUAUCUAUCUAUCUAUCUAUCUAUCUAUUGCCAUCAAGUUCCUUCUCUUUUAGAAAACCAUUACAACCUGUGUCAUUAUUAUACACUCCAUUUCCUUCUUUCUCAGAAAGCACUUGUAGCUUUGCCAUUAUUUGGCUCUCAUUUCCUUCUCUCACAGAAAACUCUUUCAGCCUGUUCCAUUAUUGUGCAUUCCAUUUCCUGCUCUCUCAUUUACGUUUUGCAGACAGUUCCAUUAUUGUGCUCUCCAUUUCCUUCAUUCACAGAAACCUUUGCAGCCUGUUCCAUUAUUGUGCAUUCCAUUUCCUGCUCUCUCAUUUACGUUUUGCAACCUGUUCCAUUAUAGUGCUCUCCGUUUCCUUCUCUCACAGAAACCUCUUGCAACCUGUUCCGUUAUUGUGCUCUCUGUUUACUUCUCUCACAGAAACCUCUUGCAACCUGUUCCAUUAUUGUGCUCUGCAUUUACUUCUCUCACAGAAACCUCUUGCAGCCUCUUCUAUUAUUGUGCUCUCCAUUACCUUCUCUCACAGAAACCUCUUGCAGGCUAAACCUCUUGUAACCUGUUCCAUUACUGUGCCCUCCGUUUACUUCUCUCACAGAAACCUCGUGCAACCUGUUCUUUAUUGUGCUCUCCAUUUAAUUCUCUCACAGAAACCUCUUACAGCCUUUGCCAUUAUUUCGCUCUCCAUUUCCUUCUCUAACAGAAAGCUCUUGCAACCUGUUCCAUUAUUGUGCUCUCCAUUUAUUUCUCUCACAGAAACCUCUUGCAACCUGUUUCAUUAUUGUGCUCUCCAUUUCCUUCACUCACAGAAACCUCUUGCAGCCUUUUCUAUUACUGUGCUCUCCAUUUAUUUCUCUCACAGAAACCUCAAGCAGCCUUUGCCAUUAUUUCGUUCUCCAUUUCCUACUCUAACAGAAAGCUGUUCCAUUUUUGUGGUCUCCAUUUCCUUCUCUCACAGAAACCUCUUGCAACCUAAAGCUCAUGCAACCUGUUCCAUUAUAGUGCUCUCCGUUUCCUUCUCUCACAGAAACCUCUUGCAACCUGUUCCGUUAUUGUGCUCUCUGUUUACUUCUCUUACAGAAACCUCUUGCAACCUGUUCCAUUAUUGUGCUCUGCAUUUACUUCUCUCACAGAAACCUCCUGCAGCCUCUUCUAUUAUUGUGCUCUCCAUUACCUUCUCUCACAGAAACCUCUUGCAGGCUGUUCAAUUAGUGUGCUCUCCAUUUCCUUCUCUCAAAGAAACCUCUUGUAACCUGUUCCAUUACUGUGCUCUCCGUUUCCUUCUCUCACAGAAACCUCGUGCAACCUGUUCUUUAUUGUGCUCUCCAUUUACUUCUCUCACAGAAUCCUCUUGCAGCAUGUUCUAUUACUGUGCUCUCCAUUUCCUUCUCUCACAGAAACCUCUUGUAACCUGUUCCAUUAUUGUGCUCUCCAUUUCCUUCUCUCACAGAAACCUCUUGCACCCUGUUCCAUUUUUGUGCUCUCCAUUUCCUUUUGUCAAAGAAAUAUCUUCCUUCUCACAGAAAUUGUGUUCUCCAUUUCCAUUUCUUCUCACAGAAACCACUUGCAGGCUGUUCUAUGAGUGUGUUCUCCAUUUCCUUCUCUCACAGAAACCUCUUGCAGCCUCUUCUAUUAUUGUGCUCUCCAUUUACAUCUCUCACAGAAACCUCUUGCAACCUGUUCCAUUAUUGUGCUCUCCAUUUCCUUCUCUCACAGAAACCUCUUGCAACCUGUUCGAUUAUUGUGCUCUCCAUUUACUUCUCUCACAGAAACCUCAAGCAGCCUCUUCUGUUAUUUUGCUCCCCAUUUCCUUCUCUCACAGAAACCUCUUGCAGGCAGUUCUAUUAGUGUGCUCUCCAUUUACUUCCCUCAGAGAAACCUCUUGCAACAUGUUUUAUUGUUGUGCUCUCCAUUUACUUCUCUCACAGAAACCUCUUAGAGCCUUUGCCAUUAUUGUGCUCUCCAUUUCCUUCUCUCACAGAAUCCUCUUCCAGCAUGUUCUAUUACUGUGUUCUCCAUUUACUUCUCUCACAGAAACAUUUGCAACCUGUUCCAUUAUUGUGCUCUCGAUUUCCUUCUCUCACAGAAACCUCAAGCAGCCUGUUCCAUUAUUGUGCUCUCCAUUUCCUUCUCUCACAGAAACCUCUUGCAACCUGUUCCAUUAUUGUGCUCGGCAUUUACUUCUCUCACAGAAACCUAUUGCACCCUGUUCCAUUUUUGUGGUCUCCAUUUCCUUCUCUCAAAGAAACCUCUUGCAACCUCUUCCAUUAUUAAACCUCUUGCAGCCUGUUCUAUUACUGUGCUCUCCAUUUACUUCUCUCACAGAAACUUCUUGCAACCUGUUCCAUUAUAGUGCUCUCCAUUUCGUUCUCUCACAGAAACCUCUUGCAGCCUGUCCUAUUAUUGUGCUCUCCAUUUACUUCUCUCACAGAAACCUCUUGCAACCUGUUCCAUUAUUAUGCUUUCCAUUUCCUUCUCUCACAGAAACCUCUUGCAGUCUGUUUUAUUAUUGUGCUCUCCAUUUCCGUCUGUCACAGAAACCUCUUGCAACCUGUUCCGUUAUUGUGCUCUCUGUCUACUUCUCUCACAGAAACCUCUUGCAACCUGUUCCAUUAUUGUGCUCUCCAUUACCUUCUCUCACAGAAACCUCAUGCAGCCUCUUUUAUUAUUGUACUCUCCAUUUCCUUAUCUCACAGAAACCUCUUGCAGGCUGUUCUAUGAGUGUGUUCUCCAUUUCCUUCUCUCACAGAAACCUCUUGCAGCCUCUUAUAUUAUUGUGCUCACCAUUUACUUCUCUCACAGAAACCUCUUGCAACCUGUUCCAUUAUUGUGCUCUCCAUUUUCUUCUCUCACAGAAACCUCAAGCACCCUCUUCUGUUAUUGUGCUCUCCAUUUCCUUCUCUCACAGAAAUCUCUUGCAGGCAGUUCUAUUAGUGUGCUCUCCAUUUACUUCUCUCAGAGAAACCUCUUGCAGCAUGUUCUAUUAUUGUGCUCUCCAUUUACUUCUCUCACAGAAACCUCUUGCGCCCUGUUCCUUUAUUGUGCUCUCCAUUUCCUUCUCUCAAAAAAACCUCUUGCACCCUGUUCCAUUAUUGUGCACUCCACUUCCUUCUGUCAAAGAAACCUCUUGUAACCUGUUCCAUUAUUGUGCUCUCCAUUUACUUCUCUCACAGAAACCUCUUACAGCCUUUGCCAUUAUUUCGUUCUCCAUUUCCUACUCUAACAGAAAGCUCAUGCAACCUGUUCCAUUUUUGUGGUCUCCAUUUCCUUCUCUCACAGAAACCUCUUGCAGCCUGUUCUAUUACUGUGCUCUCCAUUUACUUCUCUCACAGAAACCUCUUGCAACCUGUUCCAUUAUAGUGCUCUCCAUUUCCUUCUCUCACAGAAAACUCUUGCAGCCUGUUCUAUUAUUGUGCUCUCCAUUUACUUCUCUCAUAGAAACCUCUUGCAACCUGUUCCAUUAUUGUGCUCUCCAUUUCCUUCUCUCACAGAAACCUCUUGCAGUCUGUUUUAUUAUUGUGCUCUCCAUUUCCGUCUGUCACAGAAACCUCUUUCAAUCUGUUCCGUUAUUGUGCUCUCCUUUUCCUUCUCUCAGAGAAACCUCUUGCAGCCUCUUUUAUUAUUGUACUCUCCAUUUCCUUAUCUCACAGAAACCUCUUGCAGGCUCCUCUUAUAUUAUUGUGCUCUCCAUUUACUUCUCUCACAGAAACCUCUUGCAGGCUGUUCUAUUAGUGUGCUCUCCAUUUACUUCUCUCAGAGAAACCUCUUGCAACCUGUUCCAUUAUUGUGCUCUCCAUUUACUUCUCUCACAGAAACCUCUUACAGCCUUUGCCAUUAUUUCAAACCUCUUGCAGCCUGUUCUAUUACUGUGCUCUCCAUUUACUUCUCUCACAGAAACCUCUUGCAACCUGUUCCAUUAUAGUGCUCUCCAUUUCCUUCUCUCACAGAAAACUCUUGCAGCCUGUUCUAUUAUUGUGCUCUCCAUUUACUUCUCUCAUAGAAACCUCUUGCAACCUGUUCCAUUAUUGUGCUCUCCAUUUCCUUCUCUCACAGAAACCUCUUGCAGUCUGUUUUAUUAUUGUGCUCUCUAUUGCCAUCUGUCACAGAAACCUCUUGCAACCUGUUCCAUUAUAGUGCUCUUCGUUUCCUUCUCUCACAGAAACCUCUUGCAACCUGUUCCGUUAUUGUGCUCUCUGUUUACUUAUCUCACAGAAACCUCUUGCAACCUGUUCCAUUAUUGUGCUCUGCAUUUACUUCUCUCAAAGAAACCUCUUGCAGCCUCUUCUAUUAUUGUGCUCUCCAUUACCUUCUCUCACAGAAACCUCUUGCAGGCUGUUCAAUUAGUGUGCUCUCCAUUUCCUUCUCUCAAAGAAACCUCUUGUAACCUGUUCCAUUAUUGUGCUCUCCGUUUCCCUCUCUCACAGAAACCUGUUGCAAAACCUCUUGCAACCUGUUCCAUUAUUGUGCGCUGCAUUUAUUUCUCACAGAAACCUCUUGCAGCCUGUUCUAUUAUUGUGCUCUCCAUUUAUUUACUCACAGAAUCUUCUUACAGCCUUUGCCAUUAUUGUGUUCUCCAUUUACUUCUCUCACAGAAACCUCUUGCAAAACCUCUUGCAGCCUGUUCCAUUAUUGUGCUCUCCAGUUACUUCUCUCACAGAAACCUCUUGCAACCUGUUCCAUUAUUGUGCUCUCCAUUACUUUCUCUCACAGAAACCUAUUGCAACCUCUUCCAUUAUUGUGCUCUCCAUUUACUUCUCUCACAGAAACCUCUUGUAGCCUGUUUUAUUAUUGUGCUCACCAUUUACCUCUCUCACAGAAACCUCUUGCGAGCUGUUCCAUUAUUGUGCUCCCCAUUUCCUUCUCUCACAGAAACCUCUUUCAGCAUACACCUCUUGCAGCUUUGCCAUGAUUUUGCUCUCCAUUUCCUUCUGUUAGAGAAACCUCUUGCCACCUUUUCCAUUAUUGUGCACUCCAUUUCCUUCUCUCACAGAAACUUCUUGCAUCCUGUUCCAUUAUUUUUCGCUCCAUUUCCUUUUCACAUAGAUAACUUUUGCAACCUGUUCCAUUAUUGUGCUCUCCAUUUACGUCUCUCGCAGAAACUUCUUGCAGUCUGUUUUAUUAUUGUGCUUUCCGUUUACUUCUCUCACAGAAACAUCUUGCAACCUGUUCCAUUAUCGUGCUCUCUAUUUCUUUCUCCCUCAAACACAUGUUACAUCCUUUGCCAUGAUUUUGCUCUCCAUAUCCUUCUCUCAUAG